GCUCCGGACGGAUGUGUUCAAACACACCCUAAAAUUAUAUCGAAGUUCUUUGUAAUAGUAAUAGAAAAAUACUUAAUACCAUUUAGAAUAUAGUCUAGGACACGUUACCAUGUUUCUAAGGAGUGUUAAUUUUAAUAAGCCAGUUUGGAUGCAGUUUGUGUGUUUGUCCGUGAGGCAAAGUGAGUGUUGGUGAAUCAUGAAGGGUUUUUCUGUUCACGUAGUAUUUAUUAAGAAACCAUGACGUCACAAGGGCCUGCCAAUAUAUUACCUGAAGAUGACGAGGAUUUGCGUCCUCGACAGCAGAGUAUUGGUGGUGUACUGCGUCGUGAAGGCAACUGGAAAUGCUUCCUUCUUACGCUGAUGAUCGUAGGCUGCCUCGCUUCCGUAACCUGGUGCAGUACUGCGGAAAUAGACCGCGAGCUCAUCGACCUGAACACGGCACAAGAUGCCGUGCAUCCGAUGGUUAGGGAAAGCGGUUCUUGCAGUUCAUCAACACCAGGAAGAAAAUAUUGUCGAUACCCCAUCAAGAGGACGGUAAGGGAGUCGCCGUGUGAUAUCGGCUACGCGUACAUACCUAUAGCCUUUGUGUUACUUCUCUACUUGGUGUACUUGGUCGAAUGUUAUCACAGUACUGCAAGAAUACAACUUGCUCGGAGAGUGGAUGUAGCUGCUGUAAGCGCCCGAGUGCAUACCAUGAGGACCGCUAUUCCAAGAGUUUGGUGGAAAGCUAUUUGCUACCACUACGUGCGUCGGAAACGCCAAGUCACGCGAUAUCGCAACGGCGACGCCUACACCACUACACAGGUAUACUACGAACGCGUUAAUACUCAUAGUGCAAGUACAGCGUUCGCUCACGCGUGCUGCGGUCAACGUGAUGCAUCCAGAAAUUUAAUUUUAGACACAAAUACUCCUAUUACAAAAGUACGAUUUAGUAAGGGCUUUGCGUUUGCUAAUAUUGAAGCUGCUAGCGAAUUUGAAGACCAACGAUCGAGAUUUUUUGCUGAACAUGAAAGAUUCGAUGAUUUCAUGGAAAUGCGAGAAGGCUUGGAUUUAAUAGGAGUUAGUUCCUUUAAGGAGUAUAUGGUAGCUUACAGGGAAGCCGAUCGGUGUCCUUGGUACUCAUCUCAGAUACUCUUCUGGACGCUUUCUUGUCUUCUUCUUUCAUGGCCCCUUAGAAUCGUUAUAGAGUGCAAUACAGCUUAUGUUCACUAUACGAUAACAAAAAUAUUUGGUACAAAUUAUGAAUUAGAUCCUAGUAGACAGCUAGAUUUAGAUACACAUUUAUCAGACAUCAUGCCGCCGGUUCCAUCGUCGAACUAUUCCUGGGCUUUAGCUGAUGAACAAAGUGCUGUUCUUUGCUCUGCGUCGAGACCACCACGAACGCUUCCUCUCUCCCAUGCGUCGACUGUUGAUAGUUUAGAAUUGUUUGCUGCUAUACGUGGCAAUUGUGCUAUUGUACCAUCUUAUUCAGAAGCUAUGAGAAUAGAUGCGGCUCUUAGAGAAGAUCCUGCAGAGAAUGCAUCAAAUUCAGCAGUUUUGAUAGAUAUGGAAGGCGAAAGACCAAGUAGGCCCGCUGUUAAAGCAGCUUCCUUCGACGAACCUCCAAGGAGGCCAAGAGUAAUGAUAGCUGAAACUCAUUCAAGCCAUAACAUAGCCGCUAGCUCACGUUUAGCGGAGGCUAAACAACAGAACCGGCGAUCAUGGGCUGGUGUUUUAACGAACACUAGAAGUGCCAGACAAAUAAUAGAAGACCUGACAAACAAUGCUGUUAGCUAUGAACCAAUACCAGAAACUAGUAGAGGUACUGGUGAAAAUACUCUAUAUUUUUCAAAAGAUUUGUCACCUACAUGUUCUAGGGAUCCUUUUGGGGGUCGAGCUCAAACAACACCUACAGAUGAACCACCAUCUUAUGAAGAAGCUUUAAAACUUCCUGCUUUAAGGAAGUUAACUAGAUCCAUUACUGGAACGGAUUUGGCUGGUCCAAGGAGAGCUUUCUUAAAAGAUGUGUUGUCCAAUAGACGAUCUUGCUUAGAAGGCGUUGGUGUUUUAUCAGGGGCUAAAGUGGUUAGACUUCCUUAUUGUGAACCUGGCGAAGAAACACCUCUUUAACACUGAUUCAGUAAAAAGUUCCCUAAUUGAAUAUGGUGCAAUAAAGUAUUUAAAUAGGUAAGCAUUAAUAAAAACUGAUAUAACCUGUAAGCGAGAAUUAACAAAUGCUUUGGAAUUGCUAUAGGAUAAUAAAGGCUUGCUCUGAUAAAUUAAGAAUAUAGUUUUUACAUAAAUUUCAAAGUAUAUGACUUCCUUUUAUACAACUAAUGAUUUUUUUUUUCAUAUCUUUGAUAAUAUUUAUUUAGAUGCAACAAAGAUAUUUAAAAAUUUGUUUUUAAUUCCACUGAACCAAAUUGUCUAUAUUAUAUGUACUUAAUUUCUUUGACUCCGACUCUUAUGUAUUUUAGGAGUAAUAUUUUUAAACGAAUGUAAUUGCUUGCAAGAUGCUUUCUCAUAUUUUAUCAAAAACCGUUGUAGUUAUUCAACACAAGACAUUAUUUAAGGCAGUGCCUUGUUAUUUCCGUUAGAAUAAGUGAAAUAGUUGCUCUUAUUAUUCUUACAUGGGUUGUACAUAUAAAGUAUGAUGGUAUAAUCGUUUCGAAGGCCAUUGACGAUGAUAGACACUUAACAUCAGUACCAUAAGUCUGUAAUAUGUUAAGAUUUGUGAUUGAAAAACUGGAAGCUCUUCAUACGUAGCGUUGAUGACAAAAUUAUGGUAUUUUAAAAGUGAGCCGUGUCUUUAUUCGUCAACUUUUACUUUCAUAAAAAACAUAUAUAGAACCUAAAUUACCUAUAAUAUAUGACAUUUAUUUAAACGAUGUGUUAUUAUUAUUUAAAAUAUUUAUGUAAAAGUACUAAUUUGAAUUUAAAUACGCACUCCAUACAAAUACACGACCGUGUAUUUUAUCGAAUAUGUAAAUAUAAAGUUAAUAGAACGAUAUGUUUUCAAAGUAAUAAGUUAUUAAAUGUUCUUAAAACUGUAAUGUAAUGUUUGUAAAUAGACCAAAUAGAUAUAAGAUGGUAAGUGCCAAUAUAUAUAGAUACAUAUAAUAAUAUUAUAUAGGGCUUAACAGCAUUAUAAAUGUCAAUUAAAAAUAUUAUUAAAUUUUAUUGAAAAAAAGCAAAUGCUAUCUUCUAAUUUUUAAUAACUUCUAAGCUUAUUUCGUUUGACUGAACAUUUUUAUUUUGCUGUUGUGCAUAUGCAAUCCCUAUUAUGUUACAUAAUAGUUUUGUAACAUAAAAAAAAAGAUUAAAUAUAUUUUUUAAAUUAUGAUUGUAAAGAUGUAAAAAGGUUUAUUUUUAUAUGUGUAUAUAAUUUUAUAAGAUGCGUCCGGAACAUAAAUAAUGUACAAACGGAUGGCAGCCUCCGAAAAAAUCCUUAUCUGUCUCAUAUAAAUGACCUCGGGUUCAUAUAUUCCAACGUUACACAUAAACUGUGUGUAUUUGAUAAAUUGGAGCGAUUUACAUAAAUUGUUUGCAUUAUGUGCCUUUACAAAAAGAAUGUAUUAAUAAUGAAAAGGAUUCAUUAAUUAUGGCGUCUGGAGGCAUCGUUUAUGACAGUCUGUUGCGUAUAUUGUAAGUAAAGCUUUCUACGCAUUAUAAUACUCCUUUACUAAGUAAGUAGUGAGCUAAAAUAUUUUCAAAUGUAAAUUACCAGCGGAGAUGAGAUGUAUAUUAUUUUCAAUAAACCUUACAAGUGAA